UACUGUACUUACUCGUACAUGAAGGAAAUAAGGAAAAAAAUCUUAUGACAUCAGUUUCCUAAUUUAACUAGUUUAACUACUACUAGCUUUGCAGUUAACCCAACGAACAGCUUUACUAAAUUAUCCUCAACCCAUGUAUGUAGGCUAUAUAAAAAGGAUUUGAAUAAAUUAGACCUCACUUAGGCUUCAAAGGUCGCUGCGUCAACAAACCUUGCAUUUCCAUCUACGAUCAGUGUUUCUAAAAUGCGUUACAUAACCGCCUUGUGCUUAAUAUUUGCCUUCGAGUGUACUUGUGAAGUGGUAAUACAAUUAGAACCAGAGAAGACGGCAAAAGUAAUUGAAAGUGCUAUCAAAUGUACUAGCAAGCAUGGACUCAAUUUAGAUGUACUGGAAAGAUUGAGAAGUAAAAACAUAACGAAAGAUGAGAAAUUCUUGAAGUUUUUAUACUGCACACUUGAAGAUCUUAAAGUGGUGAAGAAAGAUGGAUACUACAUUGAGGAAGAAGCCCUCAAGUUUGUGCCGAAACAACAUCAAGCAGUUCUCAGGAAGGCUCUAGAGGAAUGCAACAAGAAGCCAGGAAAUGAUCGCAUUGAUGUAUUAUACAAUGUUUCCAGGUGUUUAAGAGAUGAUAGCAAUGUACGCGUGACAAUCUAAGCUAAAAAUUGAAACCAAGUUAGUGGCUGCAUGAUUACAAGGCCCAUUAUGAGAAAAAGGACGGCGACAAAUGUGUACCAGAGAAAACAGCAAUACCUGAAACAUAAUUCUAUUGACUAGUAUGUAUUUCAGUAACUAUCUUAA